AUGCUCACCCUUCCAGGAAGAGUGGAUCCUCCCAAAGUGGUUGAGGUGAACGACGUCAUGUCGGAGUUCUGUCUUUGGUAUCCUGGCUUCAUUGGAGAAGAAGCUUGGGAGCCCGGUUUGCUAGAUUGGAUCGAUUGUGUAUCGUUGAACUGGUUAGGAGGGUUCAAAGAGUUGCCGUUUCUAUUCAGAUCCAUCGACGACUUCUUCUUACCACCAAACUUUCUCAUAAGUCCACCUCCAACAGAGCCAAUUGCACCGGCACCAGCACCCACUGCACCAACACCGGCUCCCAUACCAGCACCAAUAGCUCCAGCUCCAGCUCCAACAGCACCAGCACCAGCCUGUCCAACAAAACCAGCAGCACCUCCAACAAGCUUCAAUGGAGCUCCAGCAAGCCCCGCAAGCUCUCCAGACUCAGAAAGCUCUGGUCUCAUGUACUUAGGCUCAAAGUAUCCUUCAAAGAUCACAGAUCCUUGA